GAUAUGAUCUGCCAAAAGGGAAAGUACGUCAUACGUGAAUCAAUACUGAUUACUUACUUUGUUUCUAGUUAUAGUUUAAAGUUAUAGCUGCAUUAUUUUGCCGUGUUCAAUGCUAUCUAGUUAAAGUCGCGAUUGGUAUAAUCUUAAAAAAAUUGCAAAAUGGGAGCCGUCUUGGGUCUUUGUUCAGCAGCGCAGCUCGCGUGCUGCUGCGGCAGUGCUGCAUGCUCACUAUGCUGUUCAGCGUGCCCGUCGUGCGCAAACUCCACCUCCACACGGCUCAUGUACACCCUGAUGUUGCUGCUGGUUAUGGUGGCCGCAUGCAUCACUUUGGCUCCUGGACUCAAAACAGAACUUCAAAAAGUGCCUUUUUGUGCUAAUUCAACAGGGGUCGUACCAGCCAAUUUUAAAGUAGACUGUAAUAAUGCUGUUGGCUACCUUGCAGUUUAUAGAAUUUGUUUUGCGCUGUGCAUGUUCUUCGUUCUGAUGGCAGUGAUAAUGAUAGGUGUGAAGUCGUCCAAGGAUCCUCGUACCGGAAUACAAAAUGGUUUCUGGGGCAUCAAGUUCCUAGUGGUGAUCGGCGGUGUAAUCGGCGCGUUCUUCAUCCCCGAGGGCUCGUUCGCGUCCACGUGGAUGGUGUUCGGCAUGAUCGGCGGUUUUUGCUACAUCAUUAUACAACUGGUGUUGAUUAUUGACUUUGCGCAUUCGUGGGCAGAGAAAUGGGUUUCCAACUACGAGGAGUCGGAGUCGCGCGGGUGGUACGCGGCGCUGCUGCUCGCCAUGCUCACGUGCUUCACGCUCGCCCUCACUGGCAUCGUGCUCUUGUUCCUCAACUUCACGCAGGCGCAGGAGGACAGCUGCGGCCUGUCCAAGUUCUUCAUCUCGAUCAACCUGAUCCUGGUGGUGAUUGCGAGCGCGAUCUCCAUCCUGCCAGCGGUGCAGGAGCACAAUCCGCAUUCGGGCCUGUUGCAGUCCUCGGUGGUGUCGCUCUACGUCAUGUACCUCACGUGGUCGGCCUUGUCGAACUCGCCGACUCCCUGCAACAGUCUCAUCGACCCUAACAAUGAUCGUAAAGAAGAUACUUACUGGGCGGCGUCAUUCGACAAGCAGGCCAUCAUCGGGAUGGUGAUCUGGGUGUGCAGCGUACUGUACUCGUGCGUGCGCACCGCCUCCAACUCCUCCAAGAUCACCAUGUCCGAGCACAUCCUUGCAAAAGAAGGCACAGGGCAAGGAGGGCUCAUUGCUAACGAAGGGUAUGAUUCCAUAGAGGGCGCGGGCGCGGACGGCGGGGAGGGCGGCGAGGCCAAGGUGUUCGACAACGAGGGUGACGGCGUGGCCUACAACUGGACCUUCUUCCACGUGGUGUUCGCGCUGGCCACCCUGUACUCCAUGAUGACGCUCACCAACUGGUUUAACCCCAGCUCCCAGCUUAUGAAAGAGAACGUGGCGUCCAUGUGGAUCAAGAUCUCCUCCUCGUGGCUCUGUGUCGGGAUUUACAUAUGGACCAUGGUCGCUCCAGCUAUCUUCCCAGAUCGCGACUUCAGUUAAACUUUACGUAUUUGUGAUGUAAUUACAUAAUUAUGUUCAUAUUAUUUGAAUAAUUACAAAAAAAUGCAAUUGAGAUGAAAAACGUAUUUAGGGAUCUCAUGUACCAAACAAUACAGCAAACCCAAAAGGGUAAAACUAACUUUAUUUUUUAUGGGAUAUAUAAAUAUCACAUCCAUAUUUAGCUAUUUUGCUUUAGUGUUAGAGAUUAAUCGAUAAUAAAUUGGAUAACUCGAGAAGUGAGAAUGUGGCAACAAGUUCAUUAGAGUCCAGCGGUUUGGUGGCUCUAUUUCUGACCACAAGUGCGAGAUGUUUAUUAUUUUGCGGACAUAUAAACAAUUAUUUACGAUAAUAUAGGUCUCGCGGUCGCCACAACGUGGACAUAGCCGAAGGGGCAUAAACUUUACUCUCCUUAUAUUGCCAGCGAUUUUCAUCUUUUUUCUUUCUUUCUUCCUAGCGUUGUCCCGGCAUAUUGCCACGGCUCAAGGGAGCGUGGUGUCCGCUUUGACAACUAAAGUUUUUACGAAAGCGACUGCCAUCUGACCUUCCAACCCAGAGGGUAUUAGGCCUUGUUGGGAUUAGUCCGGUUUCCUCACGAUGUUUUCCUUCAUCGAAAAGCGACUGGUAAAUAUCAAAUAACAUUUCGUACACAAGUUCCAAAAAACUCAUUGGUACGAGCCGGGGUUUGAACCCGCGACCUCCGGAUUGCAAGUCGCACGCUCUUACCGCUAGGCCACCAGCGCUUGAUUUUCAUCGCACAUAAAAAAUAUUUUUUUGUCUUUAGACAUACCAUAGUAUUAGAGUUGUAAUUUUCGGAGACCUGUGUAAUUCUGUGUACUUUAGACAUACUUGUUCAUUUUCAUAUAAAUAUACAAAGACGAGCGUUCAGAACUGCUGGGAUUGUGUUGGCUAAGCGAGCAAGUCGUUAAAAGGAGAAGAGAAGCCGCCACAGAUGUUAGUUUGCGUAACUAUUUACUUCUUAGUUGAGCUUUUUGUGGCCAGGCUGCACGUCGGAUAGAUCAUGGCAAAAGCGACUUACGUGUUUUAUAGUAAGGUCCAUCUUCGCGUUUGGCAUUUAAGUAGACGUUGCUUAAUAAUAUUGUUUGCGUUUUUCAAAUUUUAGUAGGCUAUAAUAUCUAAUCUAUUUACUCCCAUUUAAAUUUAAUCACGAUUUAAUACUUGUAGUACUAGCUAAAUGUUUGAAGUUCUGUGUUAUCCUAGUCUCCUAAACUACGAAAUUAUUACAAUAAAACUCUGUAUCUACACCAAUAA